ACAGGAGGGAGGGGAGCUGGAAGCGCGGCUGGGAAAUCACAAUAAAACAGGGGAGCACAGUAUUCAUCUUCGCCGUUUUCCUCACCAGAAAGCGAUGUCAGCACUCAAUAUGUCUGCAAGAAGAGAAGGGGCUGCUGUUGACAACUUGUGACUGCUUCUUGAAAAAAAAACAUCCUAAGGCAGCGCCGAGAGGGGGACAGUCUCACCUUUACACUGCGUGAACGUUAACCCAGAGACCAUGAGCAUGCCCGUCAACGACCCCGAGAGCAUCCUGAGCUACCAGAGGCCUGAUGAGGAGGUGGUGGUAGACCAGGGAGGAACCAGCUCAGUACUGAACAUCCACUAUGAGAAGGAGGAAUUAGAAGGCCACAGGACUCUAUUUGUGGGAGUGCGGAUGCCCAGGCAGAGCCAUCGCCACCACAAGGCCCAUGGCUCCCGCCAUCGCAAAAGAGACAGAAGGGCAGGAAGCAUUGCGACACAACAAAGCGAGGGAAAUGAGACAACCAUCGCGAGUCAUGAUACUCCAUCCCAAAGGGUCCAGUUCAUCUUGGGCACUGAGGAAGAUGCAGAACAUGUGGCCCACGAGUUGUUCACUGAGCUGGAUGAGAUCUGUGUGAAGGAAGGGAAGGACGCUGAGUGGAAAGAAACUGCCAGGUGGCUGAAGUUUGAAGAGGACGUGGAGGACGGUGGGGAGAGGUGGAGCAAGCCGUAUGUUGCCACCCUUUCCCUUCACAGCCUGUUCGAGCUCCGUAGUUGCAUUAUCAAUGGAAGCGUGUUGCUUGACAUGCAUGCUGACUCCAUCGAAGAGAUUGCAGACAUGGUGCUGGACCACCAGGAGGCGUCAAAUGAGCUGGACGACAGCGUGAGAGUGAGGGUGCGAGAGGCUCUGCUGAAGAGACACCACCACCAAAACGAGAAGAAGAAGAACCUGAUUCCCAUUGUACGCUCCAUCGCGGAGGGGACGCGGAAACAGUCAGAGCCGCACCUGACAGGGCCAGCCACGUCUCCUCAGCCUCCACCACCUACCGAACCAGCAAAGAACAGUGCUGGACAGGACAACAGUCAAGUGGACCUCAGUAAGGUGGACCUUCACUUCAUGAAAAAGAUCCCAGAGGGCGCAGAAGCUUCCAAUGUCCUAGUGGGAGAGUUGGACUUCCUGGAAAGGCCUAUCGUAGCCUUCGUCCGUCUUUCCCCUGCUGUGCUUCUAACUGGACUCACGGAGGUCCCCAUACCAACCAGGUUCCUCUUCAUUCUCCUGGGCCCAGAUGGAAAGGCUCAGCAAUACCAUGAAAUUGGACGCUCCAUGGCAACCAUCAUGACAGAUGAGAUCUUUCAUGAUGUAGCUUACAAGGCAAAGGACAGGAGUGACCUGUUAGCGGGGAUAGAUGAGUUCCUGGACCAGGUGACUGUCCUUCCACCAGGAGAGUGGGAUCCCUCCAUCCGCAUCGAGCCCCCAAAGACAGUGCCCUCUCAGGAAAAAAGGAAGAUGCCAGGAGUCCCAAAUGGCACAGCCUGUCAAGUAGAGGAAGAGCUACAUGCUGAACACCAUGGACCAGAGCUGCAAAGAACUGGAAAGUUGUUUGGUGGUCUCGUACUGGACAUCAAGAGAAAAGCUCCGUUUUAUCUGAGUGACUUUAAGGAUGGUCUGAGCCUCCAGUGCGUGGCCUCCUUCCUUUUCCUCUACUGUGCCUGCAUGUCUCCUGUUAUCACCUUUGGAGGACUGCUGGGGGAGGCGACAGAAGGGCGGAUUAGUGCCAUAGAGUCCUUACUCGGUGCAUCUAUGACUGGAGUGGCCUACUCUCUGUUUGCUGGUCAGCCUCUCACCAUUCUGGGAAGCACAGGUCCUGUGCUGGUUUUUGAGAAAAUUCUCUUCAAAUUCUGCAAGGACUAUGAUCUGUCCUAUCUUUCACUGAGGACGUGCAUAGGCCUGUGGACAGCCUUGCUGUGCUUGGUGUUGGUCGCCACGGACGCCAGUUCUCUGGUGUGCUACAUCACUCGUUUCACGGAGGAGGCCUUCGCCGCUCUCAUCUGCAUCAUCUUCAUCUACGAGGCCUUGGAGAAACUGUUCCACCUGGGAGAACUCUAUCCCUUCAAUGCACACAGCGAUCUAGACAAACUUACGCUGGCAUACUGUAAAUGUGCAGAACCUGAUAAUCCCAGCAAUAAAACUUUAGAACUGUGGAGUGAGAAAAACAUUGAGGCCUCUGCAGUACCCUGGUCCAACCUGACUGUCAAGGAGUGUAUCAGUCUGCAGGGCCAGUUUGUUGGCACAGCAUGUGGACACCAUGGCCCUUACACACCUGAUGUUCUCUUCUGGUCUACCAUCCUUUUCUUCUCGACAUUCUUUAUGUCGGCAUUCCUCAAGCAAUUCAAGACCAGUCGGUACUUCCCCACCAAGGUGCGGUCAAUGAUCAGUGACUUUGCAGUGUUCCUUACCAUCGUUUUUAUGGUCCUCCUUGACUUUGUCAUUGGAGUGCCCUCACAGAAGUUGAAGGUGCCGAGCAAAUUUCAGCCUACUCGAGAUGAUCGUGGUUGGUUGAUCAAUCCAAUAGGACGGAACCCAUGGUGGACAGUCUUGGCUGCCUCCAUUCCUGCUCUUCUCUGCACCAUCCUCAUCUUUAUGGACCAACAGAUAACUGCUGUCAUCAUCAACCGCAAAGAGCACAAGCUCUUGAAGGGUUGUGGGUACCAUCUCGAUCUGCUCAUGGUGGGAGUGAUGCUGGCAGUGUGCUCCAUCAUGGGCUUGCCCUGGUUUGUUGCAGCCACCGUCCUGUCCAUCUCUCACGUAAACAGUCUGAAGCUGGAGUCAGAGAGUUCAGCUCCGGGAGAGCAGCCUCGCUUCCUGGGCAUCAGAGAGCAAAGGCUCACUGGCCUGGUCAUCUUCCUGCUCAUGGGGUGCUCUGUGUUCAUGACUGGAGCUCUGCAGUUUUUAGAUAUUGAUUCAGCAGGUGUGUUUUUCAACAUGGGAGCGUCUUCAUUAAAGGGCAUUCAGUUCUUUGAUCGGCUGAAACUGUUCGGCAUGCCAGCGAAACACCAGCCAGACUUCAUCUACCUGCGACACGUCCCCUUGAGGAAAGUGCACCUGUUCACACUCACCCAGCUCACCUGCCUGGUGCUCCUGUGGGUCAUCAAGACUUCCCCUGCCGCUAUCGUCUUUCCCAUGAUGGUGCUGGCUCUGGUUUUCAUCCGGAAGCUGCUUGACUUGUGCUUCUCUGACAGAGAGCUAAGCUACCUGGAUGACUUAAUGCCAGAAUGGAAGAAAAAGAAUCUGGAUGAUGCCUCCAAAAGCAUAGAAGAGGAAUCACAGAUUAUGCUCAGUUCAAAAAAGGACGAUUCGACUGCUGUUAUGAUUCCAAUGGAGAGCAGCAAGCCUGUUAAGACUCCAAAAGCACAUGAUCCCAGGUGUGAUCCCUCUGAUAUUAAUAUAUCUGAUGAAAUGUCUAAAACCACUGUGUGGAAAUCUCUCAACUCCAAUCCAAAGGACACUCGUCCUGUGGCUGCUAAAAAGGAUUGAAGGGAUCGAGUUCAUCGAUGAGUAACAGACACCUACACUCUCGACAGCUCUGUCACUUGGCUGUAGUUCUGGACCACAGGACGUCACCUGCAGCCACUUCAGUGCUUAGAGAAGUUCAAGUCUCACCCAUUUCUACCAGCUACCCAUACUAUACUAGUACUGUCCACAAACACACAAAGGCACAGUAUACUCACUCAUGUACUUCUAUCUUUGUGAGGUUUGUAAAUUUCAAAUAUAAUUUCCCCAAACCAAAGUUCUAAAAUUAAAUGUGAAAUUGGUUUUAACUUUGACCCUGUGACCAGCAACUAGUCCUAACCUCACCCAUUUUUACCCAUAAUUAACAACUUAGAUUUGGGUUUCAAUUUUGUCAUCCUCCAGCAGGUAGACACAGCGUCAGCCUCUCAAAUCAUCAGCAGAUCUUUUGCUUUCAACUCCUAAACCAUAAAAUUAAGCAGGCCUAUAGUGACAAGUCCUGCCUAGCACACUGCCUUUUGGAUGGUGAUAUUGAGGGUGAAAUGGUAUUCACCUGCAAGAAUUCAAUGCUAUCAAACAGAUCACUUUUAAUUCAUUUUGGGAACAGUUUCACAAACUCUAAAUCUAGACACAAAUCCUGGAGCUGCUCCACUGGUGGUAAAUAAUAGAAACUGCUGUAGUGACACUCUUGACAGCUGCUAAUGGUCGUGGUGAUUUCCCCUGGAUGUGGAACAUUUUCUGUCUCACAGCUGGACAUUAUGCAUUUGUAUAUAUUUGAAAUAGCCUCACUGCCCAGGCAGUCACCAGUGUCUUUCCAAAAAUAUCAGACAGAAGCAUGGUUGGUUGGUUUCUUUUCAUCUUGUAAGAAGGCAGCUUUAGCUCGUCUUUAAAUAGAUACGGAUGCUAUGAAAGAGAUGAACAAGACAGUGAGCUGUGAAGAGUUAAAAAGCACAGUAGAGCUGUGGGGUACUGUAGAUUUAAGCCAUAGUUUAGAGUCGUCCCUUCACUACGGGUGACCCCUUUUACAUAUGAGUCAGGGUAAGAGUCAGGAUGACCGUUGUUAAUUUUGAUUGUAGUAACUUUAAAGGCAUUCGGUCCUCACAAAGAUAGAAAGGUGCACAAUACAUACAGCAGGGGUGUCAAACUAGUUUCAGGUGGCCACAAACAGCCCAGUUUGAUCUCAAGUGGGCAGCUCUAGAAAUAUAACAGCAUUUGUUUUAGUGCAAAGAAUUACAAGUUAAUUAUGACAGCUACGUGCUUGGUUUUUACCUCCCUCUCCUACAGCAUCGCAUUGACAGUGACAUCAUCAUACACACACAGCAUGGACGUCAGCGAGUCAAAUGUUAGCAUUGUUAUUUUUUGCAUUGCAUAUUUGUUCCUUUUGCAAAGUAUAAAAACUCAGCGCAAACUGAAAAAUGUCAGAAGGCUACCGGGCUACCAUGAUCGAUUAAAAAAAGAGUGUGAUAUUGCUAUAAAAGCUGUACAUAAACACAGCUGUGCAUGCUCAGUUCACACCAGGAUUCCCCAAUCGGUGGGAUUUCCCCUUUGACAUAUAUACAGUGGUGGAAAAAAGUUUUCAGACACAACAUGUAUUUGUUGAGUAUUGCAUUAAGAUUCACUCUUAAAUGUUAAAGUGCAAUUUCUUUUAGUACAGUCACAGACAAAAUACUAAACAAAUCCUAAAAUUGAUUGGUUCCGUAAAAAUACAUAAGAAAUGUUGAAUAUUGGGUCAUUUUGGCACUAUGUGCAGGGAAAACCACCAAAUGACAUCACCUCUGUAUGUGGUUGACUCUUAGAUAAUGGCUUAAGGUCCUACAAGUCCCUGAUCAAUGAGAGACAGAGGUUAGCCCGGCAUCGUUGGGCCCAAGUAAACCAGAACCGGACAGUCAAGAAUUUGAAGAAGAUUCUGUGGUCAGAUGAGUCCAGUUUCCAGCUUUAUCUUCCUCCUGCUAAUGUGAGGGUCCACAGAAGGCCAGGCCAAGCAUGAUCUCCAGCAUGUACAGUACCUACCGUCAAAAAUGGUGGAGGCAGUAUCAUGGUUUGAGGAUGCAUGAGUGCUGCUGGUGGUCAUCUCACUGUCUGUGAUGGCAAAUUGAACUUGGCUGCAGGAGCACAGUACUCAGGUCAGAUCAAUCCCCAGACAUGAGUCCCAUUGGAAAUCUGUGGUGGAUUAUCACAAGGUCUGUUUCAAACCAAAGAAGUUGGAAGAAUUGAAAGUAGUUAUUCAAGAAGAAUGGGCAAGAUUAGCCCUCAACAGUGUGAAAGGGUCAUGGGGAACAUGCCAUGCCAUAAUUUGAUGAUUUAAUGAUUUAUUUGUUUUUUGUUUUGAACACAUUAGCUGUUAUUUGUUCACUUUGAUACUGACAAUAUUGAGAACUGACUUAUUGAAACUGUCAAGAAUUAAGUUUCGUUUCAUUAAUUUUUGCAAAAUAAGUAUAAUUUGUAUUUAUUUGUGUCUGUCUAAUGCAAUCACACAUUUUGAAACACAAAAAAUAUUUUUCAACAAAUAUUUAAUGAUAAUAUUUGAGAUUUUGUAAAAAUUUUAAGGGUGUCCUAAAACUUUUUCCCACCACAUAUAUGUUUAUGGGAUUUCCCGAGCGUGACGUAGGGCUAAUUCAUGUGUGCGAUCUCGGUGCCAUCAAGAGUGAUGUUAUGGGUGUGCCGAAUAGACCCGGGUCAAUGUGUGCAAUGUGAAAGGGUCCAAAAACAAAAAUUAACUCGACUGGCAAAUAGACAGCAUCGUCUAGCAUUUGGGUGGUGUUUUUACAGUGUGAGUCACACUGACAUGCGCACAAGUACAAAUGUCUCACACCAGAAGGUCUGUGCACAAGGUCCUUGUGUAGCCCUGGGCAGUAGUAUGAAUUGCGUAUAAAACAGUGCAAGCCCCAAGUGGACAAAUUAGGAAUAGCAGUUACUUUUAUUGAAAAACUGCACCCCUAACAUACAAUAACAGCAACCUUUUCUCCCCCUCCCUUGUUUUCUCUCACUGUUCUAUAAAAUGCUUCUUUUUAUUAAUAUAUACAGGAUUCUCAGUCAUCAAUCGUUAAAUUUAAAGUCCCUCUUUAAUCAGUGUGACAAGUUUAUUGUGACGAUAUGAUUGAUUCAUUGGUACAAUUUUGCCCAGCUUGUGUAACACAUAGAGACUCUUUUUGGGAGGGAGUGAAGCUUUGUGUUUUUUGUCUUCAGUUGCAUCACUAACAUACUUAUUUGGGGUGUAAUGUUUCCCUUCCAUGGAGGCUUGUCAUUGACUUAAUGAAUGUGUAGGUUGAGCGUUUGUCACAUGUUUGUGCCGUGUCUUAUUUCUUUACCUCAGACUGGGAACGCUCCGACAAGGCACUUAGUAUGACAUUAGGUCAGGGUAAAAAUCAUUUUGCAGGAAAUUAAUAACAGUUUUUAGGUGACUUCAGGAUUUUAUUUUAAGCAAUAAUUUACCCACAACCCCAGUUAACCCCAGCCCCAGCCUGUUAUUUAUCAGGGUUCUUUUUGCAGCAGUAUGACCUUUUUAAUCUGUCUUUGGAUAACAAACACAUUUUAUGUCCCCCCCAAAAAAAAGAAAAAAAAAUACAUCAAUUACACCCAGUCAGCAGAAGCUAUUUUUACAUUGUCCGUUUAAUCAUGAUUUCAAUUAUGCUAUUAUUCUUGUUCCUUUUUUGAUAAACAGGGUUCUAGUGUAGCGUGCUGGUUUUAUGUCAUGUAGGAUAACACUUGUUUUUACAACAGUGUCACCUCAAUGCUUAAAAGAGCUAAAAGGAAAGUAAUUGCAAAAAGGAAAGAAAGGCAUUAAUAAUUUGAAAUAAUUAUCUUCAAUAUCACUUUAUUUGUAGUUGCACUUUCUGUAGAUAAAAUAACAUGAUAUUUUAUUUUUGAAAAAAACUCAAUUUUAAUAAUUUUAUUAAAUAAAAUGAUGACAUUUAUUUUUUGUCAGAGGACUGCAACGGGUUCUCUUUAUUUUCUGUAUAUACUGUAAUAAGGAAGAGAGAAAGCAGAAGAAUGAAUGAAAAUAAAAUACAAUCUCUGUCCUUACAUGGACAGUAACAAGAUAGUUCAGGAGUUUUUAAAUAAUAAACUGCAGCUGUCCUUUUAUCCUUGAUGGAGGAUCUAGGGAGUCUUACCACAAUGACUGAUUAGUAUUUAAAUGGCCAAUAAAACAUUAGUACGCUAUGAGGCAUAGUGGCAGUUAGAGGGUGAAGUGAACUCAUUUCUUUUCUGUGCAACUGUCCUGUGUUGUUACAUUUUGCUUCCAAAAAUGGGUGCUGUAAAUAGAUGCAUAAAUGAUUAAUUAAGAGUUAUAAGGUUCAUCAGUGAAUUUGCUACCAUUAUGCUACAAUUUAAAGAUUUAAAUAUUUGAUCCAUUGAUUGACAGAUUACUCUAAUCACAAUUAAAAUGUAUGAACUUUAACAUCUAGUCAAUUAUCAAGAUUUAAAAAAAAAAAUGCAAAUUUUUAAAGAUUCUUCAUCUGCGGUCUCCAUUUCUUUUUUUCAAGUGACUUAAAAGCGCAAGUGCACAAGUAAAGUCAUGCUGUCAUCACUGUAAUAUCACAUGCAGUCGUACCUCUUCCACAGCAAAGUGUGUCUGGUGUCAUGUGACUCCGCCUUGAUUCUGAAUGUGAAUAGUCUUUGUGCAUCUGACGACUCCUGACUAAAUGAAUGAACGGCAUGACUAAGAAAUCAUUUAAUGUGUACAUAAAUAUUCACCUGGCACAGUAAUACGUAAUGUGAUGGGUGCAGAUCAAACUGCAAAAUUACAUCUGCUGUUUAAUGAUUACAAAUGUGCUGUUGUAAAUGAAUUUAAUUAUUAUGAAGUGCAGAAGUUAUUUUAAUGAGCAUUGUGCUUCUCUUGAGCUUGACUUUCACCUCAUUGAUGUAUACGUGAAUGUACGGUGAAUGUACAGUAAAAUGCCUCAAGUAUACUGUAGGUUGAGUGCAUAAACAUGUGACCAGGAGAGGUCAUACAUUUAGAUGGAUGUGAGUAUAAAUAUAAUAUGUGUCUGUCAUAGAAUACAUAACCACAUUUUAUUGUGCAGUAAUUAUUAUUAUUUUAUUUUUUUUAGCAUUGACCUUACAUCCAACUCAAAAAAGAGUCAGUAAUGAGAAAUUGUUUUUUGGAGAUCAAAUUUCGAUGACUUUACUGACUCUUUGUUUCCUUUUACCCACCCAUUUCAUUUAUUUUUAUUUUUUUUCUGUGUGUAGAUAGUAAAAAGUGAAAUCUGUGCACUGUGUGGGGCUUUGUCCAUCUAAUAAGUAUAAAUCAAAAACCUGUGUCUGUUUCAAGAACGAGGGAAUGAAAAGGAAAAAGGAAGUGUGAGAGAGAGAAGUAGGCAGCUUCCAGGGAUGAAAGCACCUGUGCUGCAGUAACCUUAUUGUCUUGGAGCCAUAGAAAGAACGAUGCCUUGUCUCUUCGACCACUGAACGAUUAGUCUUGAGUAAAACAAUUGUACAUGUUUUAUAUGUAUAUGUAAGUUAAUUUUUGACAAUGGAAAAUAAAUGAUUACAGUUGAAAAAA